CGGUACCAGGUACUAGCUAGUCUAUGUAAAAGGUUCCGCGGUAAAGGGGGGACAAAUUUAGCGCUAAAAAGGGGGCCAAAGCGCUGACUUUUGGGGGGUCGAGGGAGACAUAAAUGAGUGCCACCGAGAUUGUUCUUUUUCUCACUAUCACUUCCUCACCUCUCAGACCUCUAUUGGUAGUUGGUAGCUCCCACCGUACCUGCAGCGCUUACUCAUAUAUACCUCGUUCAGAUAGAUUCCCUGAUUUAACUAACUAACCAACUAACUCAACCAUGGCAACCCCAACCGAGCAACCAACGGAAGAAGGUAUCGAGGCAACACCCAGGGCGUGCGUGGCGCAGUCACUGUUGUUUCGAGAUUCGCCAGAAGACAUGACGUACGGUCGACGAGUGGCCUUGUGGCUGAAUGAAAGGUUUCCCGGGUUCUAUGGUCCGGAGUCGGGUCCCAAUGCUCCCUCGUUGGCCAAGGCGUGGGCGUUCUUUGAGCACGUCACGUUGGAACGGUAUAUUGUACAAGACGACAACGACGAUAAUGAUAAUGAUAAUGAUAAUACUGAUGAUGCCACACGAUCGUCUGGAAAACGACAAUCCAAAGAUCGCAAAAUGUCCAUUGCCGAACCGGGAGAGCAUCACUAUCGGACCAAGCUGUAUCCCCUCUUGACGACACCGUUGAGUCAAUUGGGGGACUUUGGAUUGGGAUUUGGGCUCUACUUUUCGACACUACGGGACUUCGCCAUUUUGGCCCUGUUGGGAGGUCUGCUCAGUUUGCCCAAUCUACUCUACUUUGCCAGUACGGAUUACGAUUCCACCACUAAUGAAAAUCUGGGAUCGGGUUUGUUGCGGGGGUCGGCCAUUUGUCUCGAUCGGAAAUGGGUCCCUUGUCCCACGUGUCAAAAGGACGAAUUUGAAAAGCAAAAUAAAGGAGCCUAUCCCAUCAAGAGAUUCUCCUUGGCGUGGGUCACAGUGCCCUCCGACGCGGGAUAUUAUCUCAAUGUCACGGACUAUCUGGAUUGGAAAUUGCUGGAUACCAAUCAUUCCAUUGAAGACAUCAACUCUGAAUCGGAAUGGCUCACAUGGGAUCUUGUAUUCAAUCGAACCGAGGAACAAAACGUGGUUCGUCUCGACAAUCUACGAAACGGCACCAUUCCCACAACGGAUGCAUACGGGAGUAUUGUCUUGAACGAACAGGAGGGAUUCAUACUGAAUGGUACCAAUGUCACGGAGCAGCUGGGUUACACACCUCUAUGGUGUGGAUAUUCGACACCGUCCGACUGCUAUCUGGACUUGUAUCCAUCCAUUACCGAAAAGCACGAGGAUGGAUUUGUGGACGAUCCAUCCCAAACACGUGUCGGUGACUCGGAUUUUGUCGAGGUGGGAUUCGCCCUCAAGAAUCUGUGCGAUGGAGCCACCGCGCAACAAGGGUGGAUCAAUUGGGGAACGCUGCUCAUUAUGAUACUGGGGACAACACACAUCUAUUUUCGAACCGAACGCAUGGAAGUUCGCUUUGAUGAAGAUGAGCAAACGGCACAAGACUAUUCCAUUAUUGUCAAGAAUCCACCACCGGAUGCGUGGUAUCCGGAGGAAUGGAAAGCGUUUUUUGAACAAGCACUCGACAAUGAUCCCGAUCAUCCAAACAACAGUGGCAGUCCUCGCAACAAGGUCACAGUGUGCACGGUGGAUGUGGACAAUGAGGCCAUUAUUGGGUAUCUGGUCCGACGGAGGGACCUCCGACGACAAAUCGAAAUGGCGUUGCCACCCGACACUCCCCUCGACAUUGAGACCUUGAAAAAGGAAGUCGAACGGAUCCAAGAAGAAAAGACCGGCAUGUGCUCGUCCAAAUCUCCCGUGCCGCUCAUGGUGAAGAAACUCGAGGAACUCGAGACGGAAAUACGAACCUUUUUCAAAACGGUCCAAGAACCGGACACGACCCAGGUGUAUCUCACAUUUGAGACGGAAUCGGCGCAACGUCGCGUCCUGAAACAAAUGUCCAUUGGGACAUUGGAUGCACGCCGCAACAAAACGGAAGGGAUCGAUCCACUCUACUUGUUUCGUGGAAAGCACGCUUUGGAAGUACGAGAGCCGGAUGAACCAUCCACCAUUCGAUGGCAGGAACUCAAUGCCACGGAAUCAACCGUUUUGAUUCGAAAGAUUGCCACCAGUCUUGCCACUGUUGGGUUCGUCCUGGCGGCCUACUAUAUCAUUCGAAGACUCUACCUAAAGAAUCAACCUUGGUGGGCUGGGAUUGUGACAACCCUGUUCACGAUUCUGUUUCCCAUUGUCGCCAACAUACUCAUGGGGUUUGAGAAGCACCACAAUGACACAGAACGACAAAAGUGGCUCUUUGUCAAGAUUGCGUCGUUCAACAUAUUGGUGUCGACCGUGCUGUUGGCACUCGUGACGCCUUUCCAGGCAACAUUGGACCAGAGGGAAAACAGUCUUCCAGGGUUGAUCCCUGCUGUGCACAGUCUUUUCUUUUCCCAGAUUACCUUGUCACCAAUACUGCAGCUUUUGGAUAUCGGGGGGAACAUAAGCCGUUUCGUGUUGGCGCCACGGGCCAAGACUCAGGCUGAAAUGAACAUGCUCAUGAAAGGAACACCAGUUCAAUUAGCCGAGCGAUAUGCCAACAUGAUGAAAUUCCUCUUCAUGACUCUCUGGUACUGCUCCAUUUAUCCCGCAUCGUUCUUCAUGGGAAGCGUGGCCCUGACCAUUACAUUCUUUGUAGAUCGAUUCAGCAUGAUGAGAUCCUGGGCCCGAAGCUCGCAAGUCGGAUCUGAGGUCGCUGAUUUCAUCAGGUACUAUUAUUCACCCUUAGCCAUAUGUUUGAUGUCAGUGGUUUCCGCAUACUAUUGGUCAGGUUUUCCUUAUGACAACCUGUGCUUGGAUGAAAACGCCACUUUGCCGGAUUACUUCCUUGGGACCUGGGAGGUUGCACCUACGAUUGAGAGCUUCAACCUCUUUGGGGGUGCUGGUGAGACACUGGGUCUGGAUGUGAAUUUAGAGUUCAACGUGGAAUAUGUCGGUGAAGAGUUUGAUGAUCCCAUAACCAUAGCUCCUGGCGACGACGUGUACAAGUAUUGCAAUCAGGAUCUACGAUUUUCUCCAGGACAAUGGACAUUCCCUGCCCUACCACAAUUUCAACCUGCCGGGCUCGAGUGGAUGACAAGUGAACAGGAGGAAAUUGUCAGUGUUCAUGGAUGGUCAAGUCUGGUGGUGACUCUGCUCAUGGUCCUGGUUAUUCUCUCUGCGUUAGCGUACAGGGCGCAUCGGUACCUCGUUGGAAAGCACGUCAAUCGAGGGCAAGAUCAGAACAUCGCCUACAGUGACGUCCAGGUCAUCGAUAGCUACAUUCCGCAGGUAGCAAGUCCCUUCAGCCCAUACCCAUACGUCUUAUGCAACAUCGUAAACAUUGACACUGAUUUGUUCAACUGGCAAGACGAAGCACACCCGCACGUGGAAUAUGAUGUUACCAGAGACAUUGCGACUAUUCUUGGGACAGAAGAUCACCCAAAACUUUUUGCGCAAGUCAAGCACUGGCCCGGUCCAAGAGAGGAAGUCGUUGAAGCUCCAGUGUACAUAAAGAGAGAAGUACAGACCAAAGAUGGAGUCGUCAACGUCUACGACGAAGGAGAGCUACUGUUGAGCUUCCAGCACAUGGUCAUUUCGGACGAAGUAUGGGUGUAGCCAAGCUGUCACUCGUUCAACUUUUGCAAUCAAGGCAAUGAGAUCGUUCUUGCUGCAGCGUCUGUACAAGUAAAUAAUUUGUAAAUGUACACUAGUUGGGUAACCAUGUAUCACUAGCUCUAAUAGCCUUGCCAAUCGCUCAAG